AUGAGAAUUCCACUGGGACGUAAACAAGCUGAACAGGCCGCCCAAUGGGCUUCAUCUGCAGCAGGGUUCGGAGCGGCUGCCGCGCUAGUCGGUUGCUAUCUGACCGACUGGAGGGUGAUCGUGUCUUAUAUCCCAUUCUACGGAGGAAAAUUCGACAAAAAGGACUAG